AAAACUAUUGUACAAAAUAUUUUAAACAACGAAGGAGUGGUCAUCGCCAAAGGGGUUUCUAUGGCAGUUUUGUUUUGCGCCUCCAUGAUAUGUGGUAUUGUACCAUUAUUUUUGGCGAAGAAGUUCAGGUGGAUAUCACCUGAUGAAGCGGGGAACUUGAAGUCCAAAAAUAGAAUCGUGAUGACUUUGCUCUCAUUUGGUGGAGGUGUUCUGUUGUCUACCACCUUCCUGCAUUUACUUCCCGAAGUAAACCACAAUAUUGAACAUUUGCAAGAGUCAAAUCAGCUACAAGAAUUCGAUUUUUCACUAUCUGCCUUGUUGAUGUGCUGCGGCUUUUUCAUUAUGUACCUGGUCGAGGAAUUGGUCCAUAUCUACAUCCACAGACGUGAGAAGAAGAACGGCAAAGCCGCCCCUCUUGUGAGGAACUUAAGUGUCCGCAGGAGUCGAGCCAGCAGCGAAAGUAAAGAGGCCAAAGUGAACCACAAUCACCACACACACAGUCACCAAAGUCAUGGACACAGCCACUUGCCGAUACACGCAGCUGACGAUGUGACCUCGGCUUUACGCGGCUUGCUCAUUGUAUUGGCUCUUUCUAUACAUGAACUAUUUGAAGGUCUCGCUGUUGGUUUGGAAUCUAGCACUUCACACGUUUGGUAUAUGUUAGGAGCUGUAUCUGCUCACAAGUUAGUCAUCGCAUUUUGUAUUGGUGUGGAAUUGAUAUCAAACCGAACAAAGACUUGGCUUUCUGUGGUGUACAUAACAACAUUCGCUAUUGUCUCUCCCCUGGGUAUCGGCAUUGGUCUGAUUCUCGUCGGUGGCGAGGGAGCGACGGCGGCUGGUGUAUACUCUGUAGUCCUCCAGGGCUUGGCAUCUGGUACCUUGCUGUAUGUCAUAUUCUUCGAAAUCUGGAAGAGCGACAGGACAGGAAUUUUACAAUAUAUCGCAGCGCUGUUUGGUUUCGGCCUUAUGUUCGGACUACAGCUGCUUACGGGACAUUCACACAGUCACUCCCAUGGUGGUGGUGGUCACGACCACGACCACGACCACGAUCACGGCCACAGUCACGACCAUUAAACAAACGUUGCAGAUAACAUAAUUAAUUUAAUUUUAAUUAGGUUCCAAUUAAGUGUAGUAUUAUUAUACGAGUAAUAUAGAUUUAUAUCAUAAACAGUUUUGUAAAGACAAAACGAGAUAUUUCAAAUAAAUAGUAAAGUGAAAAAACAUUUUGUGAAAGAAAACUUCUUAUCAGUUUUAUGUCGUAGCUUUUUUGGUCUAAUAUUCAUUUAUAUGUAUAAACCAGACCAUCUUUAAAAAUAUUUACGUUUUUGAUGUGAAUCAAGAAAUUAUUAUUUAGGUAAUGUUUUGGAAAACUAGUUUGGAAGUAAAAUUAGUUUUAUUAUUAUUUUCAUAAGAUUUUAACAAAACGACGUACUUACCUAUAUAAGUGUAAAAAAUAUUUUCGCUGUCAGAAGUAUUAUUCCAAAAAAGAAAACGUUUGAAAUUAACAAAUGUAACUCUAGUCAGCGUGAUUUAGUUUGUAAUGCAACUAUGUACUUAUAAGCUCGGCGUUAAUUCUAAAACUCGUAAAAUGUACCGUCUUUAACUCUUUCAGACUAAACUUAUUUCUACAAGACCAAUCGUGUCGUUUAUUUAUUACUAAUCAAACUUACAUAAAUAUCCCAAAUGAAAAAUUUUUGUUGUAAAAAACUAUUUAUAAAAUAUGAGAUUAAAUCAAAAUAAACUAAGUUGACAAAUCGAUGGGUAUUCUUAAAUCUUUUACUUCGAAAAAAUUAAACCCUGGCUACUUAUGUCAAUAAAUGAUAUUAAAUACCAUUGUGUAUCAUGUACCAAUAUAAUAGCAAUAUAAUAAGGAGAAAAAGUUUCAAUUUUUAACGCAUAAUGCUUGUGUAACUUUAUGAUUUAUCAAACGUUUCUGUGAUAUAAGAGCUAAGCAGACGAAGAAAUAGAAUACCUUCUAUGUAGUUAUAAAUAAGGUCUUAACAAUUUAAUAUUAUGUACAAAGACAGAUUUCGAUGGAAGUACAUAGCGUGUAAAUAUAUUAUGUAAUUUGUGUAAAUAUAAUUGUUACAUAAA